AUGGCUGCCUAUGGCGGUCACGACCACAUUGUACGAUUGUGUCACAACUAUGACAAGGUCAAUCUCAACAAAGUCAUGGAAUGGGCUGCAGAAGAUGGUCACAAGGAAGUCGUCCAUUUAUAUCAAGAAUUGGAAGCAACCAAUCUCGAAAGACUAUGUUAUGGGCCGCAAAGUAGCGGUCAAGAAAACGUCAUGUGCCUGUGUCGUGAUUGGGGUGUCACCAAUUUCGAUCUAAUCAAGGCCUGGGCAGCACACAGUGGUCAUGAAGAUAUAGUGCACCUAUGUCACAAAUGGGAAGCCACUGACGUCGACAAGGCUAUGGUGUGUGCUGCAAGCAACAGUUACGAAUCCAUAGCGCGCUUGUGUCACAAUCGGGGUUCCCACGAAGUCGACUGGGCUAUGGCGUUUGCUGCAAAAGAAGGCCAUGGAUCUAUCAUGCGACUAUGUCAUGAUUUGGGAGCUACCAACUUCAACCACACUAUGGUGUAUGCUGCAAGCAACGGUCACAAAUCUAUAGAGCGCUUGUGUCACGAAUGGGGUGCCACCAACGUCGACUCGGCUAUGGCAUACGCUGCCAAAAAUGGUCAUAAAAUAUUGUGA